CAUUCUCCGUGCAGUACCUAUAUAUAUAUAUAUAUAGCUGCACACGUCCCACUCGAUACGCGAACCAGUUACAAUGUUCAGGGGUGUUAUGUGCGCAGUGUGCACAUCAUAGUACUAUCGAACAUCGUUUAUUCAUUCCACGUGACCGAAUCUGCACGGCGGUGUGUGCCGCGCGCGACUCAUAAAUUUUACAGACUGUAUAGAUUAUGCAGUAUUAUAUUAUGGGUGUAUAAUACGCGCCCGCUCGUCAUCGGCCCGCGAACGACAACGCGAAAAAUACCACGUUAUAAUAUACAAUAAUAAUAAUAAUAAUAAUAAUAAUAAAAAACGUGUGCGCUUUUUUACAUACCUACCGGGAUUUAUUGUGCCGCGGAAGACAAGGGAAUAAUAUAAUAUUACGUACGCGGGCCCGCUCGCGUGUGUGUAUCCGCGUACGCCGAUCGAUGAUCCAAAGACAUCUGUGCGUUGAUCGCGCACUACGCUAUAUAUAUGCAACGGGAAGAUUGGUUUCUGCGACGUGAUAAUAGUUCGGCGCGUGAUUAACGACCUGCGUAUAUAUGCAUACAGUUGUAUAUACGUAUAUUUAGGGUGUAUAUGUGUGUGCAGUAUAUAUGCGCGUCAGCAUUGUGUUGUUGGCGACAAUUCAAAAAAAAAAAAAAAAACCCAUAUGAGUUCUGCAAAGAGGGAAAACGACUAAUAUAAAGUUUCGUCGUCGGUAGUUUAUCGUCGUGGAAGGGCAUUUUACAAUCGCUUAAUACAGUCGAUAGCAAGAUAUUGAAUAUCAGUUGUACACCGCUCACCGACCACUGUAUUUGAGUUAAUCUUAAGACGAGAACGACGACGAUAGCAAAAAGGACUGUGGCGACGAGGACGACGACAGUAGCAGAAGUAUUUCAGCCAAAUCCCUCAACGUGCAAUAACUUAACGUCCGCGUCAACAAAUACACCGGCGGCGUGGAUUGUCAUCGACAGAUACAGCAACAGAGACUUGGUCGACAACUGCACAUUUGCGGAUCAUGGACGCCUUGUGUCCGGAAAUCGAACGGUUGGUGAUGUGCUACACGUGUGGCGGACAGUCGUUGCCACCGUACCAGUUGUGCGUGGAGGCUCACGUGGCCUGCCCGACGUGCACCAAGUACCAGUCGCGGUGCGCAUGCGGUUGCCGAUUCCUCAAAAGGUCGAACACGACGUUGGACUGGCUGGUGUCCGCGAUGAAGUUGAGGUGUAAGUACCGCGCGAACGGUGUGAUGGAUGGCGGGUCACCCAUCCCGGGACAAGUCGACUGCGCGAAUGGGUGGUACACGGUCCAGGAACUCCGCGACCACUACCGGACGGGUUGCAUGAGGAACUUGUUCACGUGCCCGAUGCAGAACUGUGGGUACGUGGCCCGCGUGGACACCAUAACCGACCACUACGAUACGGCUCACGGCCCGCUCCCGCGGAUCAGCCCUGACCGUGAGCUCAUUUCCCCGAAUUGCGUCAUGUUCCAGUUACCGGCUAAGAGGCAGGCGGAAAUCAUAAAAAAGAUUUUCAACGGAUACUUUAUGUUCAGCGUGAAGCCGCAACGUCGCUGGUACAAGGACAUCAACUCGCUACUGUCCAUGCAAAACAUCAAUCCUUCAGAUCUUUUUCAGUACACGUACACCGCAACGCAAGAGUCGCACCAGAAAAUGCUUACGGUCACCGUGUCGUUGGUGGAGACGUACAGCUCCCCAACGCAUAAUAUUUUGUAGCUACAGUUUUAUUUUUAUACGCAUAAAGUACAAAAAUAAUAUUUUAAAAACAAUGGUAAUAUUAAUAAUAUAAUUAUGUGACAUACCUAUUACGUCAUGUUAUGUAUUCUGACAAUACCGCGUCAAGAGUGGCUUCUGGUGGCAAAUUUUAUCUAGUUUUUACUCUGGUGAAAAAGCGCAAAUACACAGUAUUUUUCUUAAUAACCGGGAAAAUAAUAAUUAUUACAAAUUGUGCACGGUUUUUUACAAAAUCAAUUUGUUUUUUUUUUCAUUGUAAUAUAUUAUAUUCUACGUAACCACUGAAAAUUGUAGACCAAGGUCUAUCAAGGUAGAGUUUUUAAGAUAUGAUGUAUAAAAAUAAAAAAAAAAUUAUUUUGGGUCGUUUGAUAUAUUUUUUUAAAACAUUUGAAACGUUUGCACUUAUAUUAUAGUAUAUUAUUUUGAUUUACGUUGAUUAAAUGUUUGUUACUUAAUUAA